AGUCGUUGACAGAACAGUCGUCGUGGAAGAACGCGAACACGAAAGCGUCAAGAGCGUACGUGAACGAACAACGCAAAACGAAGUGACGGGGAAAAGAGCGAGUCUUUCCUCCCGUUUUUUUUUUGGUCUUCCUGUUCCGCCUUCCUCCUUUACCUGUUCCACGUCUCGCUCGCUUUGUUUUCUUUCUUUCUCCCUCUCUGUCUCUCUUUCCGUUAACGCAUUCACUAUUUUUGCGGUUGUUGUUUUCUGCUGUAGCUCUUCAGGCUCUGGUGAUGCAGCAACUUCGUUGAUCAAGUUGGACUACGUUGGAUUCUUUCACAGUGGGUUGCUGGAGUCUUUUGUUUCUUACGUUCUCCUCCUUUACUUUUUUCCCCUCGCUGCGGACGCACCUCGUAUCCUACUCUUUCUGCGGUAUUUUUUUCUCAUUUUUUUUUAAAGGUCUCUGUUGUAUACGUAGAGAAAGGGUCUUCUUAGUGUUGUGGCGGUUCUUGGUAGUUUACUUGUCUCUGUUGCGUUGCGCUAGUUGCGUCCUUUUCUCAUCGCUGGCUUCCAUACACAACGGCAUCGCAGUUCCUUUGAGUGCUCGUCCUUCAAUUACAAUAAUUUAAAGGUACAAAGACCGUAAAAAGUUAAAAAGAAGGUUCUGGCAUUUUACAAGCGUAGAAUACAUCUGCCUUUUCGUUACUGACCACGCUACCGUGUUGAAGAGGUCAUUUCAGGAAACAAAAGAAAUACAGGUUGCUGACCCAAGUGUGUGUAAUCAAGCGGUGACAUCGCAGGCACCACGGAAGACGCUCAACACCGCUUCUUUUCACCAUCGUCUACGUGAUCCGCUCGCCUGUAUGCAGGUGGACAUCGGCAACAAUAAAAUUUGCCACAACUUCAGCAGCAUCGUCGCCAGCGCUGAAAUUCGCGAUCUCAACGAGCGCGUCCAGCACGAACACGCACAAGAAGGCGGUGGCACCAGGACCCUAACGGCGCCACAGCGACGCGUCGAUCCCAACGCGGGUGUACCCCCGGCAAGCGUCGAACCGGUGUCUCGCUCCGCGCGCAGAAAUUCUCUCAACCUCAUUCGCUCCUCGGCCGGCUCGCGCCACUCGCAACAGCGGCAGAAAGGGCGCCGUCAUUCGCACGCGGUGCCGAGCAACACGCCGCACAGCCACUCGGCUGCCUCGCCGUCGCCGGACGAGGCCGUCCUCGUGUCACCGCCGCCCAUCAACGCGGCUCCUCUGCCUUCCACAGAGGCAAAUCUCGCACGAGCGGGCGUUAGCUCCCCAACGCCUCCCAUGGCUGCCGUAGCCUCCCCCGCGCCCCGGCAAGGCGGGAACUGGAGUGAUGCCGCGCGCAACGGCGAGAGCGGUGGCGCCAACGGUGCCGCACGUGGGAACAGCAAUGCGAACAAUAAAAACGUCGGCGAUGGCAGCCGACGCGCAGACGAGGUCGCUGCCGGCUCGCAUGACAACAACGGCAGCGGCAACCAGGACAAGCCGGUGCCACCGGCGGGGCCGAAGCUGGCGCAGACCAAAAUCCAGCUCGGUAUGCGGCUGCGCCGCUGGGUCAUCAUCAACCGCAUCGGCGCCGGCUCGUUUGGCGAGACCUUUACCGCGAUAGAGGUGGACGGCCCGAUUCCGGAGGAGGACACGCUGGCCGUGACUCUAGAAAACUUAGCUCUGUUGGACCACCUCCCGCCGCCAGAGGAGCGCCACGAGGUGUGCAUCAAAGUAGAACAAGAAAACAAGAAUGUCCUGCGAUUAGAGGCGCUGGCGCUGAAGAAGGUGCAGCCGUGUCCGCAGAUCGUCCGCUAUCUCGGGAGUGGGUGCUUGAGCGGGAUGAAUUACCUCGUGAUGGAGAAGUUAGGACCGAAUUUGGCCGAACUGCGCCGCCGCAGUCAACACGGCACCUUCAACAUCUACACGACGCUGAAGGCAGGCAUUUCGUGCCUCACCGCCAUUCGCGGCGUGCACGAUCUUGGGCUGGUGCACCGCGACAUUAAACCGUCGAAUUUCGUGACGGGCCUGCCCAACACACCAGAGCACACGACGUGCUAUCUGAUCGACUUCGGUCUCGCCCGCCGCUUUCGGCGCUCCAACGGCGAAAUUCGACUUCCGCGCGACAAUGCCGGCUUUCGUGGGACGAGCCGAUACGCCUCCGUGGCCUCCCACCAUCACCAGGAGCUCGGCCGCGUCGACGAUCUGUGGAGUUUGCUUUUUAUGCUCGUCGAGUUCGCCACCGGCACGCUGCCGUGGCGCAAGUACAAGGACAAGGACGACAUUGGGCGCUGCAAGGAGGAGUCCAUCACCCCGCAUCUGGUCCGCAACCUGCCCCGUGAGUUCCAGCCCUUCUUAGCCCACCUGCAGACCCUUCGCUACGAGGAUGAACCGGACUAUGAUUUGCUGAUUACGCUGAUGCACCGCGCGCUUGAGCGACGCGGCUACCCACCCAACAAGCCGGUGGAGUGGGAGAUGGACCCGUCCAUGGUGGACUCCGGCAUGGACAUGGACGGUCACGAGGUGGCGCCGCGUCGAGAGGCGGAGAAGGCACCUCAGCCGAAUGCGGCGGCGCCGCCCGUAGUAGCCUCGUCCCCGCCACGCCAGCAACAGCAACAGCAGGCGGUGGCGAACGUCAACUCGGCCCACGACGCGGCAGGGAACAGCGGCAACAUGUCCCCUGCGUAUCGCGCAGCUGCCGCGCUACAGCAAUCGAAUCUCUCCGACACCGGCGCAAGGAAGGCGCAGCUGCUCCGCACCCCCCUCUCACCUAGUGGCCUGCAGUCCAAUAGUGCGACAGGCGCCAACAACCGUAGCACCCCGCCCGCGGUGGACCUGAUUCACGUGCCGGGCGACCAUAACAUUAACGGGUCGCCGCAACACCAAAACAGUGGCAUGCUGCGCAUGAGCGACGUCGACGUGGUCGGCGCUGGUGGCGGGGCGAGCACCCGUCCAGAAGCCUCCAUAGCGCCUCCUUUUGCGACUCGUCAGCCAGGCACCUUCGAGGAACCCGGCGCUCCCUCGGGCUUCCUGGCCGAAGGAAGCGACACACCCGCGGCGCGCGACAGCUCCGACGAUUUCGAUCCGCACGAGUUCUCGUCGCGUGAUCAACCCACGCCGGCGAAUGGCAAUCGCAGCGACUACGGCCGCUCUGGCCGCCCCGGCCGGCCGGGUAGCGCAUCAGCCGUGGCGACACCCACACCGGCCAUCCCGCCGUCCAGCUCCGCCGUGGAGCCGAGCAACUCCAUGCGUGCGAAGGAGGCGCCCGACUGGCGGAACAACGGACAGCCGGUGCGCCGGCACGGCGACGGCGACGCCGUGAGGAGGGAGAAUGAUGCGAUAGACAAGGUGGGCAACGCCCCGCUGCAGCGGCCGAUGGGUGGCCCUGCAGUAGAUCUGGAUGCGCCGAACAACGACAACGCUGAGGCGCAGCAAGGCCCGAAUACGAAGAAGCCCUCCAAGGAUAAGAAGAAGUCGAACUGCGAUUGUACGGUGAUGUAG